GAUCCUCCCCUGCUGUUCGGUUGCAGUCUGCACCAGAGAGAGCAGGGGCCCGGGGCAAACAGGUGGACACACAGAGAGAGAAAGAAAGGGAGAGAGAGAGAGAGACUACACUACCUGCCUGCUGAGUUUCCCUGUAGUUUCCACAGAGUCGCUUUGGCUGCCGUUUCCGUGUCAGAAUGAGUAUGUACGGGUCUCAGAAGGCCCUGUACACGGGCCGCAGGGUCGGCUCCAAAGGUGACUUGACUGGCGGGGGGACUAUGCAGUACUCCCGGAGCGAGAUCAUGCACGGAGGCGGUAAUGGAUACGAUCCCUACAUGGACGCAGAGUACAACAACUACACCUUUUCAAAGUCAUCUGGAGGCGGUAUGGGGGGCGGAAUGUCACGCGGAAAAAUGAGCGGUUCUGGAGGCGAGAUGAUGAGCGCAAUGUCGGGCGGUAUGGUUAACGCCGCAAUGUCGGGCGGCAGGGGAGGCGGAAUGAUGAGCGGUACGGGAGGCGGA